AUCAUCUCUCCAAACUCUCUCAUUAAUUCUCAAAGCCAUUUCAUUUCCUCUUCAUCAUCAUCAUCGUCAACAAAGGAAAUGGAGAAUUAUAGACUCAGGUUUCUGUGGUUACCUUUGGGGUUUUUCCUUCUUCUCCUCGUCUGUGCUAAAGCUGAAAACCCUUUAAAAAAUGUCAAUCUGGCUCCAUUUUGGCAGUGGAGGAGCGCCUGGGACUGCUUGCAAAAUAUCUCUACAAAUUGUGCCACAAAUAUACACCUAAAUGGGGUGUUGAAUAUAAAUGGAUCUGCGCUUACGGACUUCUGCGCUGGUGGGUGCGCAGAACACACUCAGAAUGUCCUUACUUGUAUUUAUUAUGCCAAAAGAGAUUUCUGGUUCGCAAAUGGAGCCACCGUUAAAAACAUCACUGAAACCAUUCAUCAUGGAUGCUCUACCAAUACAAGUAUUAAUACAGAUUUCAAAAGCAGUGCAAUGAGGGUAUACCAAAACCUAUUGGUUCCAUUGGUUUCAUCUAUAGCAACAAUGCUCAUAGUUAACAUCUUCCACAUGUGAGGGUUUUUCAGUAUAUUGGAUGUAUCCCACAAUAAAAUCUAUAAUAAUUUGGGAACUUUUCUCUUAAA